AUCAUUCGAACCCUAACCAUGUCCGAUAGAAACUCUCACGGAGAGGUGAUAAUUGGUCUGCGUAGCUGAAUCGACCGAUCGAGCGUUUCAACGAAGAAGAGUAGCCGAUUACGUCUCCGUUCGGCACAAGCAGCCGGACGACGCCGUUAUCUGUGGCCGCCGCCGACCAAGCAACAACAACAACAAAGCCAGGAGGAGAGCCGCUUGCUGCUCGACUCACCCUUCCCUACGCCGCCUGCUUCAGUCUAGAUCUGAGAUGAUGCCUCAACAGGUGAAAAGAUUACCAUAUUGCUUUGUGCUGGGUGCUGGAUUAUUGCUGCAAUUACAUGAAAUUGGAGCAUGAUGGCAAACUCUUCGGGAAAAGCAGCACCUUCAAAUGGAUCUGUCUACAUUUGUGACUUGCCACCUGGAACUGAUGAAUAUAUGCUGGCAGAAUAUUUUGGCACAAUUGGAUUGUUAAAGAAAGACAAACGAACUGGUAGACCAAAAAUAUGGCUAUACCGAGACAAGAUCACAAAUGAGCCAAAAGGAGAUGCAACUGUGACAUAUGAGGAUCCGCAUGCCGCCUUAGCUGCUGUUGAAUGGUUCCACAACAAGGAUUUCCAUGGAUCAAAUAUAGGAGUUUUUAUAGCAGAAUCAAAGAGCAAAGAUGAUCACUCCUAUAACUCUGGAGGUCAUGUUGGAGAUCCAAGUUUGGUUAGUGAUUUUGGUGGGUUGGAGGAAAGUGCUAUGGAUAUGAAUGGAAGUGGUGGAAGAGGUAGAGGUCGGGGUGAUGCUUCAGGGAAAGCAUGGCAACAGGAGGGAGACUGGUUGUGUCCGAAUACAAGCAGUUGUUCCAAUGUAAAUUUUGCAUUUCGUGGUGUGUGCAACCGUUGUGGAAGUGCUCGACCUGCUGGGGGCUUUGGUGGUGGUACAGGUGCUGGUGGUCGGGGAAAGGGCCGUGGUAGCAAUGAUUCAGGGGGCCCUGGUCGAGGAAUUGGUGGGCCAACAGGUCUGUUUGGUCCAAAUGAUUGGCCUUGCCCCAUGUGUGGCAAUAUCAACUGGGCAAAACGUACAAAAUGCAACAUAUGCAAUACUAACAAGCCUGGUCACAAUGAAGGCGGGGUGAGAGGAGGUCGAGGGGGUGGCUACAAAGAACUUGAUGAAGAAGAAAUAGAGGAAACGAGACGACGUAGGCGGGAGGCAGAGGAAGAUGAUGGAGAAGUAUAUGAUGAGUUUGGAAAUCUCAAGAAGAAAUUUCGUGCUAAAACACAGCAAGCUGAAGCUGGUCAGGUGCUUCCUGGUACUGGGCGUGCAGGAUGGGAAGUUGAGGAACUAGGCAUGAGUGACAGAGAUAGAAGAGAAAGGAGCAGAGACCGGGGAAGGGGUAGAGAUGAGAGGGAAACCAGCAAAAUCCGAGAGCGAGAUGACAGAGAUAGGCAUCGGAGCAGAAGCCGGGAGAGGGCUAGGGGAAGAAACCGAGAAGACGACUUCGAUUCUGAUCGAGACAGAGACUAUGGGAGGGACAGAGACCGCGACCGAGACCGAGAUAGAAGCAGGCAUCGUCAUGGAGGAGGAGGAGGAGGAUGGUAUUGAAGCUCUGAAAUAAAAACUAUUUCACUGCCCUUCUUUCUUACUUUGCGGGGUGGGUGUGGGUUGGGGCUGUGGGUUGGUUCUUUUUUGUGGUGGAAUGGAAGACACUUAUUUGAUUUUGACCCUACAAUCUGUACCCUCUCUCUCUCUCUCUCUCUCUCUGCUUUACCUGGAUUAAUUUGAUUGUUGAUUUCAGGCAUCUAUUGAUUUUCAACUUUCAAGCGUGAAACAAGGGAACUCUCUCUCUCUCUCUCUCUUCUUUUCCUGGAUUAGUUUGAUUGUUGAUUUCAGGCAUCUAUUGGGCUUCAACUUUCAAGAGUGAAACACGGGAACUAUUUUCUAUAAUUAAUUUGAUUCUUCAUGUGCCA